CCCGCCCCGCGCACACGCGCCCCGGGGCUCGACUAGCACAGCAGCCCGCAGCCUCCCACUGCCCUGCCAUCGGCGGCGGCGGCGGUGGCGGCUCUCGGCUCUUUGAGCCUGAGUUCGGUGUCCCGCUGUCUGCCUGCACCUCCCGGAGUGGGGCGGACAACCACGUGGCGGCUGUGUGUCUGCCGGCUGUCCUUCCCUGCUGCAGUGACUGGUCCCCUUCCCCGGCCCAGCUCCCAACCCCCCAGUCUGCUUCCUCUGUCUGUCUGCUCUGCCUGGGGCACCUGCCAGGAGCCCAGUUGCCUGUGUGAGUGACAGACAGGACCGAAGAACGGUCUGCUGAGUGGGUGGCUGUAGCAGGCUGCCCUGUUUUCUCGGACCCUCAGCUCCCAUCCUUGCACGCAGCCUAGCUGCCACACCCUGGGAGGCCACCGGCUUGCCCUCGCAACUCGCGGAAUGGACUUCUGAGGGCGACCUGGAGACAACAGGCUCGUGGAAGUCAGCAUGUGGCGUGGCUGGGCCGCCCUCUUGCUCCUGCUGGUGCUCCAGGGUGGCUGGAGCUGCCGAGACCUCCUCUGCUACACAGAUUACCUGCAGACGAUCACUUGCACCCUGGAGACCUGGAGCCUGCAUCCCUUGCUGCUCACCCUGACCUGGCAAGACCAGGAUGGAGAGCUACAGGACGAAGUCACCUCCUGCAGCCUGCACAGGGCCGGCCACAACGCCACGCACUCCAGGUACACCUGCCACAUGGAUGUGUUCCACUUCAUGGCCGAUGACAUCUUCAGCGUCAACAUGACGGAUCCAUCUGGCAACCACUCGCAGGAGUGUGGCAGCUUUAUCCUGGCUGAGAGCAUCAAGCCCGCCCCCCCUUUCAACGUGACUGUGACCUUCCUGGGAUAUUACAACGUCUCUUGGCGCUCUGACUACGAAGACCCCACUUUCUACGCACUGAAGGGGAAGCUGCAAUACGAAGUACAAUACAGGAACCGGGGAGACCCCUGGGCUCGGAGUCCAGGGAGAAAGCUGAUCUCCGUGGACUCCAACAGCGUCUCCCUGCUGGCCCGGGAGUUCCGCCAGGACUCAAGCUAUGAGCUGCAGGUGCGGGCAGCGCCCCAGCCCGGCUCCUUCUUCCAGGGCACAUGGAGCGAGUGGAGUGACCCGGUCAUCUUCCAGACCCAGGUGGAAGAGUUGAAAGCAGCCUGGGACCCUCAUCUGCUGCUUCUCCUGUUGGUCCUUGUAGCCCCUAUCCUUGUCUUCUUGGGCCUAAAGAUCCACCUGCCUUGGAGGCUGUGGAAGAAGGUGUGGGUGCCAGUGCCCAGCCCGGAGAAGUUCUUCCAGCCCCUGUACAAGUGCCACAGUGGAGACUUCAAGAAAUGGGUGGGCACACCCUUCAUUUUCUCCUGCCCGGAUCCAGGACCUUGGGGCACAGAGGCCCCCUUGACCCUGGAGAUGCAUGACAGCCGCCCAUCACACAGUCCCACCAAGAGCUCGGGGCUCACCGAGCUGACUGGGCCGGCAGACCUGCUGGAGACCGAUGGGCUACCAGAGCCAGGCUCCCAGGAGCCAGUUCCACCCAGGGCUGUCAGCCUGGGCAGCUCAGCCGACAGCGAGGAGCAGGAGCGGCCUUAUGGCACAGUGUCCAUCAGCACGGUGACCGUGGAGGGUGCAGAGGGGCCCUGUGACUGGCCCUGCACCUGUGGGGACGACGGCUACCCAGCUCUUAACCUGGACCCCAGCCUGGAGCCCAGCCAGGAUGCUGAGGACCCACUGUUGGGAGGCCUGCGGACCACUGUCCUCCCUUGUUGCUGUGUCUCAGCAGGGAACCCGGAGCCAGGAGGCGACCCUGGGGGUGGCCUCCUGGACAGAUUCAACCUGUCCUUGGCCGGGGAGGAGGCUUGGGCCACCAGCCCGCCCUGGCAAGGCAGGCCACCCGAAGGGGUCUCUGACAGUGAAGCUGGCUCGCCGCUUGCCAGCCUGGACAUGGACACGUUUGACAGCGGCUUCGCUGGCUCAGACUGCGGCAGCCCCGUGGAGUGCGACUUUGCCAGCCCCGUGGACGAGGGGCCUCCUAGGAGCUACCUCCGCCAGUGGGUGAUCACAGCCCCACCACCCACAGGCCCUGGGCCCCAGGCCAGCUAAGUAAGGUUGCCUGACCCUAGCUCCACUGAGACACGAGCCAGGGCUGGGCUGUGGACGUUGCAUAUGUGCGAGGGUGUGGGGUUUGAGGGCAUGCUCUCCUGUCUGUACCUGCGUGAGGCUGUUUCUCUGGGCAUGAUGUGUGCCCAGGGCUGGUGUCAUGUGUCCUCCUGUCACAUAUGUGGUACCUUUGUGAGCAGCACACACGCUGGAGGCAGGCUCCGCCCUUCCCCUUCCGGGCACUCCGCAGGUGGCCCAGAGGACAGCCCAGCCUCCUUCCCCAGGCCCAGCCUCCAUCGUCACCUGUCAGCGGGGACGGGCUGUGCUACCUGGGACAGGUUGUUGUGCAUCUGAGCCAGAGUCUCCCGGUCCACUCCCCGUCAGAGUGCAAGACCCGCUGCUGACGUCAGCUUCCUGUCUUCCGUGGCUGGGACGCAGGGUGGUGCCGUAGGUGGGUGGGGGCGAGAAACCAGACGGCCACCAGCUGGGGCGGUCGGGACUGUCCCACCUCACAAGUGGGCACGUGGGGGUUUCCAGGCUUCAGAUCUGGCUGCCUUGUCUCAUAAAACAGCCCCUUACCCACCA